GGCACCAACGUGACGGCAGCCGUGGAGCUCGCCAAGACGACGGACGUCAUCGUGCUGGUGCUGGGCGUCCGCUGGGACGAGAGCGAGGACCCGGACCGCCUGGGCCUUCGCUUGCCCGCCCGCCAGCAGGAGCUCGCCGGCGAGGUCGUGGCGGCGGCCGAGGCUGCCGGGAAGCGCGUGGUCCUGGUGAUCAUGAGCGCUGGGCCAGUUGACGUGACAGCCAUGCGCGACCUUCCAGUGCCACAGGCGAUUUUGUGGGCCGGCUACCCCGGGCAGUUCGGGGGCGCCGCCAUCGCGGACGCCGUCUUUGGGGCCACCACCCCGAGCGGGAGGCUCACGCAGACGUGGUACCCCGAAAGCUUCGCGGGGAAGGUGGAUGUCGCUGACGCGAGCAUGCGCCCGGAUCAUAGCCGAGGCUUCCCUGGGCGUUCCUACCGCUUCUACACAGAGAAGGAAGUGUUUCCAUUCGGUUAUGGUCUGAGCUAUGCGAAGUUCAAGUCGGUGCUCUCGUUGUCAAUCAACACCGUGGACGUGAAUGACAUCAAGAAGUCCCUGAAAGGCUUGUACAAUCCUCACAAGGAUGCGGCGCUGGCCAGCACCGCCCUCGUGAGCGCCAACGUGGAGGUGCGAAACGACGGAGACCGCGCUGGCGACGAGGUAGUCCUGCUCUUCGCGGAGCCCCCGCGCGGUGUCGGCGGCGUGCACGGGGCGCCGUUGCGAACGCUGGUCGCCUUCGACCGCGUGCACGUGCCAGCCGGAAAGUCCGUGAACGUGACGCUGGAGAUGUAUCCACAGGACUUCAGCCUCGCUGACGAGGCGGGGGAGUUCAAGGAGACCGCAGGCCGCUGGCACGUCUGGAUCGGGAACGACGGGCGCGCAGGUGCCUUGACCAUCUGCGUCGACGAGCCGAAGGUGCAGCUGCGGUCGCUUGCGUCUGAGCGGCCUAGGAAUUUGUGCGUUGAUGAACCCGUCCGCAACUUGUUCGCAUAGGUGUACUAGAUAGUAGCCUGUCGCGUUACGAGGCUGGCCGCAGCGUGUUGGCCUCUCUAUGCACGCCGUCCUCAUGAGAUUUGGGUA